GAGAGUGAACACGGUGCGCAGGCAAAAUCCCUAAAACCCUAAUCACCGCCGUAGCCGUAGAAAAACCCCCAAUUCCGAUUCUCCGGCCGAACACUCCGAUUUGGCUCUGCUCCCAAUAGCAAUCGAAGAAAAUUACGAAAAUGGGCAUCAAGAGGAAGAAGAGCGAGAACGAAGGAGGAGACGAGCCCAAACCAGUAGCAGUGGAGAUCGAGAAGAAGAAGAAGGGGAUACUCCCGUCGAUGAUAAAGAACAAGGACAAGAGAGCCGCCGUCCACGCCAAGCUCAAGCAAGAGAAGAAGCUCGAUAAGCGCAAGAAGGUCAAGGCCCGCGACGCCGCCGAAAAGCGAGCUCUCGAGCUCGGCGAAGAGCCUCCGGCGAGGAAGAUUCCAAAGACGAUUGAGAACACCAGGGAGGAGGAUGAGACUGUUUGUAGGCCCGACGACGAAGAGUUGUUUGUUAGAAAUGACGCGGAUGAGUUUAGUGCGGUUUUGAAGCGUGAAUCGAAUCCGAAGAUAUUGAUCACCACUUGCCGAUUUAACUCUUCUAGGGGUCCUGCUUUUAUAGAGGAACUACUUUCGGUGAUCCCAAAUGCGCAGUACUAUAAACGAGGCACUUAUGACUUGAAAAAGAUUAUAGAGUAUGCAAAUAAAAAGGAAUUCACUUCUUUAAUUGUUGUUCAUACCAAUCGCCGGGAACCAGAUGCUCUCCUAAUAAUUGGCUUACCUAAUGGACCUACUGCCCAUUUUAAGCUCUCAAAGCUCGUUUUACGGAAGGAUAUCAAGAAUCAUGGAAAUCCAACCAGUCAUGAGCCUGAGCUUGUAUUAAACAACUUUACAACACGCCUUGGUCAUCGUAUUGGGAGAUUAAUACAGUCACUUUUCCCUCAAGAACCAAAUUUUCGUGGUCGGCGAGUUGUAACUUUCCACAACCAGCGAGAUUUUAUAUUCUUCCGGCAUCAUCGGUACAUUUUUGAAACCAAAGAAACUAAACAGCCUGAAGUAAAGGGCAAAAAGACCAAGGAUUCCAAAGCUGACGCUAUUACUGAAGCAAAACCAUUUGCACGCCUACAGGAAUGUGGUCCUCGCUUUACCCUUAAAUUGAUCAGUCUGCAGCACGGGACAUUUGAUCCUAGAGGCGGGGAGUUUGAGUGGGUUCACAAGCCUGAGAUGGACACUAGCAGAAGGAGGUUUUUUCUGUGAGUUGCUCUGGAAUAUUACUCGAGCUCUUCUUCUGGUGAAAUGGAAGUGUUGAAGGUGAAGAGUUGCUACACCCUGCAAGAAGUAAAUCAGCCCAGAGCAUUUUUGAUUUAUGUUAAGAUCCGCUUUGUGCUGUUGGAUUACAGUGAUUUUGAUAGCUUGCAUAUUGAAUACAAGAAAAAGACUAGUUAAGUUACUCUUGGAAUAAUCUUCGUAUGAUUAUAGUUCAUUGGCUAUGAAAAUAUAUGUUACAUCA